CAGAGUAUAAGAAUGGACAGAAGAACAACGGGAGCAGGCUCGUUCUCGAGCGAUGUUUUUCUAAUACUCUCUAGCACAUUCUCUAUCGUCGAACUCGAGCGAGUCCAAUCUGUUCUCAGUGGUGAAAGCAUCAAAGUCCGAGCUCAAUCAUCCCCUCCAACAUGGCCGAGAAAGCCACCCCUGCUUCAGCUCCAGUUCCCACAUACGAGAACUUGCAAGAGACCAACCAACCGAGCAUCAACCAUCCACCUCCAGCAUAUGCGCAGCCCCCGAUGGAAACGAUCACUCCUCCACCUCAGCCCCACGAGCCCUCGUCGCAGAACUUCUACGCGGGGACGCAGACACACCACACGAGCGGUUACAAUAAUGCGACACCCCUACAUGCGCUUCAACGUGGCCCAGCGCCCGUGGACUGUCCAAGUUGCGGCAGCCGUGAGAUGACGCGAGUGGUAGCGGAGGCGGGCAAUACUACACAUGCAUGGGCCGCAGUGACUUGCAUCUGCUGCUGCUUGGGCUGCAUUCCCUAUCUGAUGUCGUCGCUCAAGGAUGUGCACCACUACUGUGGAAAAUGUGGUGCAUUGCUGGCGACCUGGCACAACAGCGGACGAACGGACGUGCAUCAACACAACUGAGUGCGCUAAGAUUGACGAUGGAGUGGUUUAUGUUUGGGGAUGAUUAUUGCUUGUUUUGGUGUGCCUGAAUGUUGAUAUACCCCGAGAAAUGCUCACAGAAGCGAGGCCAUGUUGUUUCCGGCCUGCUUGCUUGUUCCCUGCGACGAUUGUGCUGCCCUUUGUAUAACUUAUUGCCCUGACAUG